AUGAACGCAACCCUCGAUCAGAUCCAUACUGCGGCCUGUCAGUCUGACACCCUUACGCUUUUCAACGAAUUUACUGCACCACCUGCGCCGGCAUCAGCUACAGAUGAGAAAGGACUAUCGGAAGAGCUGCAGGGCGGACUAAGCGGACUGUAUAGCCGUUUUAGGACCUCUGUUGGGGGCAUCGUGAGCGGUGGAUCGCGAUCUACAGAUAAAAGCACAGCGGAUACUCCUCUAGUCAAGAGCCCAGUCUCAGAACAACACUCGCUAGUCAAGUCUGUGUCUGAUUUGGCCCAUGGCUCGGUUGAUUAUCAACAGUCGCAUCCCAACUCUUCUCAAGGCUCACGGCUGCAUUCUCCGGUGGCGACACACUUCCAGAUCAACCAGGAAGCUGCUGCUACAAAAGGCUCCAAUAUCUCUUCAAAAAGCCCAAGCGUGUCUUCUAGAAACUCUAUCUCUGCGUCUUCAGGAGCGAAGCCCAAUAUUGCUCCACUGACAAAAUCCACCGGUAGUACAAUCCCCGCAGAUCCUGCCAUCAUCCAGCUACAUGUGAAUGCACUCAGUCAGAGCCGACGGUCAAGAAGCAGCUCAGUCAAUGUCUCUCAUUCAGGUCUCAAGAAUGCAGAAUCUGCCAGUAUUGGUAGCAGGGAAGGCCCCAUGGAUAUGUCUUUGAGCCAAAGCUCCUCCGUGUUGAGUCAAAAUAUCUCGCACUCCCCAGUGCUAUCUACCAAGACUCAUGACAGUGUUCUUCACGAUGAAUCGCCGUCUUUAGAAGGGAGUGACUCAUUGCCGCCUGUCAAAAAUGUCUCGGACAUCCAGCCAAGGAAGUCUGUCUCUUCGGCAGAUCAAUCAAAACCAGGGGAUUCGUCUUCCACAUCGAUUGCGCCGCGAAGCAUAAAACCUGUCGAGCUUGCUCAAGAUUUUGAACCUCAAGGCAGAACAGGAAGAUCAAAUUCACGGAUUUCCUUUGGUCAUGACGACUCUAAAGUGGCCCUAGCUUUGAGCAUUCCUGCCAAUAAUGUACCUCCAAGCAGCCACGUAGCAUCGGACGCAAUGCCUUCAGCGCCUCAUAGUGGAACGGAAGUCCAUGAGAUGUCAAAAGGCUCCAUACCCCCAAAAGCCGUUGAAAAAUCGAAUCAGUCUCAGCCCAGGAAUCAAUUACCAGGCUACAGGAUGUCUCGAGCAUCUACAGCUGAGACUAUGACGACCGUCUCAUCACUGCCUCCGUUGAAUACGGCCGUUGGUCCUAUUAGUAGUCAAAUUCCACGCGAGCGUCACGAAGGUCAUUCUCGAGAUGGCAGGCUAUCGCAACUGGGGAGUAAGCUGCUCAGCAAAGAUUUUUGGAUGCGUGAUGAAAAUGCCAAGGAUUGUUUUCACUGCGCACAACCAUUCACGACAUUCCGCAGAAAGCAUCAUUGCCGUACCUGUGGCCAAAUUUUCGAUUCGGGUUGCACUUUGAUUAUACCAGGAACUCGAUUUGGCCAGGCAGGCACUAUUCGUGUCUGCAAGCCCUGUGAGGCAAUGAUCAAUGCGCAUGACGAUGACUCCUCGGAGUUUUCGGACAGUGAACAGAGUCCUAUUGCCAUGAAUGCCCGUGUUUCUGAACUGAGCUGGAGCAACAGCGCCCGUCAAUCUGUGGAUGAUGAUGACUCUUCCUCGGUUGUAUCUCAGUCCAUUGAUCAUGUGCUAAGAACCCCAACCAUGGCAAUUCCAGCGACAAGACGUGCUGGUGAGGGUCAUAAUCGCCGAUCGGCUAUUCUGGAGAUUCCCGACCGCUCUUUAGCUAGGCCGACUUCGUCUCGAUCCCUAAGAUCUUCGUUUGGGGCGAGGCCACAUUCAAUGGGACAUACAAUGAGCCACAAAAGAAACCCAUCACAUAAACAGUACAUUCGAAGCUUCAAGCCAUAUCAUGAUGAUCGAGCGCCCUUUCAGCGCCGCCACGGAGAUGACCUGGGUGCAGAAUCUCGACUGCCUGCCUUCCACAAAGAUAACAUCAUUGAUCCAGAACUUGCCGAAUAUCUAUCAGAUGAUGCUUCCAGUGGCGAUGAGCAGCCAAGUCUCUUAUCGGCAGUUUCAGAAAGCCAAUUCUCGAAAAGUGUUGGGGAAAGCGAGCGAUUGGCUUUUGGGGGCCUUAUUGGAGCCAUGAAGAAAGGCAGAUCUGCAUUUGGAGAUCGAAAUACUCCUAGUAUCAUUCAGCCUAGUCGAGACGCAGAUGAAGCCAGUAUCAGCAGCUCAAGGGCAGUGAAUCUACCACGCUCCCGUCGCCGGAACCUGAGCGUCGCGAGCAGUGUACAUCGGCAAUCACCGCGAGCAUCCAAAGACCUGUUUCUUCUUCCCGAUGUUCCUAUAGGUAGUGUACCCUUGACCGUUCCUUCAAACCAGAGCGGAUUCAAGCAAACUAGGAGUUCCUCCAUGAAAGGCAGAGGAGCACCGCCAGUUGAACUGAACAAAGCCAGUUUGGAACAUGUCCGAAAGCUCUUACAGCAACUCCUGGCGAUGUCUUGUGUGCCAAAUGCUGAUAGUUGGGAAAAUGCUCUCACACCAAUAUUGUUGAAAGCAGCCGACGAAGUGGACCCGGAUGUCCAGCGAGGGGAUGAUAUGGAUAUCCGUCAUUAUGUGAAGUUGAAAAAGAUUCCAGGUGGCAAGCCCGGUGAUACUUCAUAUGUUUCUGGCUUGGUAUUCACUAAGAAUUUGGCACUGAAGAGUAUGCCGAGAAGCAUUAGCAGUCCGAAUAUUCUGAUCAUCACCUUCCCACUUGAAUAUGCACGUCAACAGCACCAUUUCAUGAGUCUUGAGCCUGUCAUACGACAGGAGCGUGAAUUCCUCGAGAACCUCGUCAGCCGAAUCGCAGCAUUGCGCCCUAAACUUCUGCUGGUUGAAACCAAUGUAUCUGGACUUGCGCUUGGCCUUCUUGAGCAGGCAGGCAUCGCUACUGCGUAUAACGUGAAGCCCUCUGUUCUCGAAGCGGUCUCACGAUGUACACAAACCAGGAUUGUGACUUCUAUGGACAAGCUUCUAACGACGUCUUUGCAUAGCGAUUGCAGCAGCUUCGACGUUAAAACCUAUGUUCACUCUGGUCGGAAAAAGACGUACAUGUACAUCUCCGGUUGCCCCAAGGAACUUGGAUGUACGAUUGUCUUGCGUGGCGGAAAUGAAGAAGUCCUUGGGAAAGUCAAAGAAAUCACAGAGUUCAUGGUCUACGUGGUAUACAACCUGCGGCUCGAGACCUGCUUGAUCAGGGAUGAAUUUGCAAAGCUUCCAACCUCCUUCACUGACGAUACGGAGCAAGCUGUGGCUAAAAAGAGGGAUCAGAGUAGCUGUUCAACUGCUGCUCCUGCCGAAAACCCAUUGUCAUCUAUGACGACGGUGCUUUCGCAUUCACCAACUGCAACAAUUGAGAACCUGGAGAACAAGACAUCCACAACCGCGGAUGGUAUCAUCGACGUUCCCGAUGAUGUUCCGAUGCCAUUAUACUUUGCUGAUAUGGUACAUGAUCACAAAACAAAAGUCCUAUCGGCUUCGCCUUUUGUCAAGUUUGAGCCUCCUUAUCUACUCAUGCGUACCCGGGAAAUGGAGCGACGUUUGGCCUAUUUGAAACGUCUUCGUGACCAAGAUGAUCAUUCUGAACAAAGUCUCGAUGAAAAAACCAGGCCUCAGAAAUUCACUCUCAUUACCCCAGAGAUGGUUCGUCAGUCUCCCAACGACGCUUCUCCACAGGUGAAAGAAGUGCUUCGAGCUGCUCAUGACGCAGAGUAUGAUAGAGUUCUUUACCACUACCAGACUCAGAAGCGACAAUGGGAAGCCUAUGUAUCUGGCAUUUCCAACAUGUUUGAUCCCUAUGCUCAUCAAAACAUUGUUGUUCUCUACAGUCUCGUGUGUACCACAACUUCUAUUCCAUGCUCUGGGCCCGACACAUUUGCCCUAGAGUUUUACAACGAGCACGGAGAUGAUACAAUCUUUGAACCUGACUGCACGAUGGGACAAUAUGUCGAAGAUAUCUGCCAUACAGCAAAUGCCGUUUGUACCUCCAAUGGCUGCGAAAAGCGCAUGUUCGAACAUCACCGUCAAUAUGUACACGGUGAUGCGCAGAUCAGCGUACUGGUUCAACCUUACCCUUCCAAGCUUCGAGGAAUGCAGGACACAGUGUUGAUGUGGAGUUGCUGCAAGAUCUGCGGCAAUGAGACCCAAGUCACGCCCAUGUCUGAGAGUACAUGGAAAUACUCGUUCGGAAAAUACUUGGAAGUGUCCUUCUGGGGCAGAAAUCUUCAUGCCCGUGCUGGAGUGUGCCCUCACGACUUGCAACGCGAUCACCUUCGCUAUUUCGGCUUCAAAGAUCUGGCCAUUCGCAUUCAGUAUGAUACCAUUCAUCUGCUAGAGGUUAUUGUGCCUCGGCCGCGGGUGACCUGGAAAGUGGACAAUGACUUGAAGAUGAGAAAUGAAGUCUAUGUGCGCAUCGAUAGACGUCUUAGCAAGUUCAUGCUGUCUGUUCAUGCGCGCUUAAGAGGCAUCAAUGUCAGAAGCAUAAUCCCGGAGCUGAUUGAAGAGUGCCAGAAAAGCAUUGAGUCCUUAAUCCAUAAGGCAAAUGAAGACCAGGUUGCCUUGAUCCGACUUCUCCAACAGAAGUAUAGUGGGUCCCGCUACUGGGAAAUCAUCCCCUUAAAUGAGGCUUUCCGCUCGGUUCAAGAGAAAGUUGUUGAGUGGGACAUUAUCUUUGCGGAGUUCGAGCAGAAAUUUUUCCCCUCCGAGAAGGAUAUCAAAAGGCUUGCGACACUGCAGCUCAAAAAGAUUUUCCUUGACAAGGAUGCCACUUCAGUGGCCCCAGAUGAUCCGUUGCACACCCCAACUGACAUGGAUGACGGGAGCAUUCAAGAAAAUGAAAAACCAAGGGUCUUGCGCCGUAUGACACUAUCUCCAGAAAAGGCUCAAGAUGUCUUGGUCUCUGUGGUCGAAGAGCACGCAGGUAAAAAGCACCGUGAAACGGAGUUAGAGGGGAGUGAGUUGCCUCCUUCGCUCGCAUCCGCUGAUGAACCCACAAAUGCUGUUGAUACCGCUGGAGAUAAUCUAUCUACUUCACAAGAUGAAGGGAUUUCAAAGGAGGAGGAGGAGCACGUCCGGCAUCUUGACCUAGCUCUACCUUCCGACCAAUUACAAUCACCAUCAUCUAGCUCCAAAAUGCCCACUCGCAAUCCCUUUGCCGAGUCGAAUACCCAACCUUUUCUUCCUGAGCCCAGGAGUGGUGAGGUCGCUUCUGAUUCCAUGUCUCCGCCAUUGUCGCCCAAAUCACAGGCCCCUGUUCUGCAUGAGAAUAGUAGAAUGAAGCAAGAUAUCUUGCCUCGAUCACCAAGCACCCCUCCUAACCGACCAUCAGCGAUACCGAGGCCAACUGAAGGUGUCUCUAGGCGAUCUGGAAAUGGGAAAGCUGGCUCUCCUCCCUUAAUACGUGCACAUUCUCAACCUGCACAUCUUCUUCGGGAAAAAUCAAGUGGUGUUUCUUCUAUGGGGUUAAAGCACAUUGCAUUCAAUUCAAGUGCAUCGUUUGAUACGCAAGUCGACUCUCCCAAGGCUCCGGAAAGGAAACUCACAGAGCGGCUCGGUCUUACUGCUGCUCUCAAGAAUGGUGGCCGGUUCAACCCAGCACACUCGUUAAUCCCACGCUCUACACCUAAGUCACGGAACAACAAUCAUGUGUCAAGUCUUGCGAGGCACUUUGAACAAUUAAGCCGCGAGUUCGAAAGGGAAAGACAGCGGGAGAGGCGACAGCGAGCUGCACGAAUUCCACAGUCACGAGCAUUUCCAUUGGCGUCCUCAAAACCCAUUGUCGAGGUCUAUAGAAACGUUCGAGAAGCCGUCGAAGAACGUGAACCCCCAGUCGACGGAGAAGAUUCCCUGCCAUCUGUGCCGCACCUUCAACAAGAGGAGUCAAGUCGUAUCAGUGAGGGUUUCGCUGAUCAGAUCAGCCCUGAAAACCCAGACCCGAGUCCAAGCUCCCAAGAAACGCCACCUGACUCAUUUGAGUCCGGGGGCCUGCUUCGCUCCGACUCCCAGCCCAUGUCUGAGCCUGAGCUAGAUGAUGGUCCUAGUGACGAUGACCAAAAUACUACCGAGCUUCAUCAAGUGGACUCUUUAGAGGAGACAAAGCUGCCUUUGGAAGAUGAUAACAUGGAAUACAAGGACCUAGCUAGGCACGAGCGCACGACACUCCUGAAAAUGCUGACCAAUUUCUGGUCUGAGCGCUCUGCCAGUGGAUGGGCUCCUCUUGAUUAUCCUCUCAGUAUUAUGGACCAUGUGUUUGCAGAUUGCGACAUCAUUGUGCGGGAGGAUGAGCCCAGCUCUCUUGUUGCAUUUGCGCUAGACUCGUCGGACUACAAAGAAAAGCUGGAAAGUAUCCAGAGACGUUACGACGAGACGGAAAAAUCUGCCUCGGGACCUGAUGCAGACCCCGAAGCUGCCAAUGAGGCACGAGUGGAGCAUGCACUCUUACGGGCCACUGGUACUCAUCUGAAAUAUCAGUUUCAGGAAGGCCAGGCCAAGAUGCUUUGCAAGGUGUUCUAUGCAGAGCAGUUUGAAGCACUUCGCAAAAAGUGUGGUGUCGCGGAUCGCAUUGUUGAAUCCUUGUCUCGUUGUGCCAAGUGGGAUUCCAAAGGUGGCAAGACCAAAUCUCUGUUCUUGAAGACACUAGAUGACCGAUUCAUCCUGAAGUCUCUAUCUCCAGUUGAGACCCAAGCUUUCUUGAGGUUUGCCCCAGCAUAUUUCCAAAUAAUGUCUGAAGCACUCUUCCACGAGCUUCCUUCAGCUAUUGCAAAGAUGUUUGGUUUCUACCAAGUCAUCAUCAAGAACCCGGCGACCGGCAUAGAAUUCAAUUGGUUUUUGCUACUUAUGGAGAACCUGUUCUAUGAUCGUCAGCCGAACCGGAUCUUUGACCUCAAAGGUUCGAUGCGAAACCGCAAGGUCGAGAGCACUGGUGAACGUGAUGAGGUUUUGUUAGAUGAGAACAUGGUGGACUUCAUUUAUGAAACCCCUCUAUUCUCACGCGAGCAUUCGAAGAAAUUGCUGAGCCAGAGCGUGUGGAAUGAUACCCUUUUCCUCGGCCGCCAAAAUGUCAUGGAUUACUCGCUCAUGAUUGCGAUUGAUGACAAGCGUAGCGAGUUGGUGGUUGGAAUCAUUGAUUGCAUCCGCACAUACACUUGGGAUAAGAAGCUCGAAUCAUGGAUCAAGGAUCGAGGAUUUGCUGGUGGUGGGCGUAAUCGUCCAACUGUCACCAGUCCCAAGGAAUACAAGAGUCGAUUCCGAGAGGCGAUGGCGAGAUAUGUCCUCCAAGCCCCCAGCUGCUGGCAUCAGUUGCAGGCCAAUGUAGUUUAUCGAUACCCUCAAGGUGAGGUGUCUCAAGUGACUGAGUUAGACAUGGAUGGAAAUGCCCCGGGGGCCGAAUCCAGCGUCUAG